AUGUUCACAACAGUAAAUCCAAAUGGCAGCCAAUCUGAAAUAUCUGUGAGAGCAACAACUGAUCUGAAUUUUGCUUUAAAAAACUAUAAACUCAUCAAUGAAACAACUACACCUCCUACUGCAAAACCCAGUGAAGAAUAUUCUAAAGAAUCCUCUGAAAAAAAUCUUCCAAGAUCAACCCAGGGUCCCAAUGAGCCUGCAUUUUGGACAAUGUUAGCUAAAGUUUUAAACGACACAGCGGAGGAGGAAGAAACAAGAGAUCAAUUAUUUGAAGCAAUUCCAAGCUCUGAUCUGAAUGGUACAAACGAAGAUGAAGGGGCAGACACACAGGAUGACAAGUUAAAAAUAAUGAUGGGCAUCUCACUGUUGACCCUCAUCCUGUUCGCCUCCGUCUUGGCAGUAUCCAGUGCCCUGCUGUACAAACUGAAGACGAGUUAUAAAAAGCAGAUUGGGAGCGAGUACACAGUCAACCCGGAACUGGCAUCUAUGUCAUACUUUCACCCAACAGAGGGCGUGUCAGACACAUCUUUUUCUAAGAGUGCAGAAAGCAGCACAAUUUUGGAUCCAAAUCCCCCCAUAGAAUGA